GUAUUUAAAAGGCUGGUGGUACCUUGUCUUUCUCGCAAUGACGUAUUCCCUUUUAUUAUGCUUAUUAAAAUAAGCAAUAAGCUUGUUUAUUUUUCUAAUUAGCCGUUGAUUCUAGACCACUUAUUUUCGGAGAUUUCUCCUCUCUCCUCUCACUGCCUUCUUGCAAAUGGAGAUCAGAGUUGCAUCCAUGGCCUUUUCCUUUGUUUUUGCUGCCAUUCUAGCAUCUGCAUGGGUUUUACUGAACUGGAUUUGGCUGAAGCCAAAGAAGGUGGAGAUGAUGCUGAGACAGCAAGGUUUCUCCGGCAACUCGUACAAACUUCUUCAUGGAGACACAAAAGAGAUGUUCAUGAUGACAAAACAAGCAGAAACCACUCCCAUCAGCCCCUUCUCCCACGACAUCGCACAGCGAGUCAUUCCAUAUUACCAUCAUAUCAUCAAGUACUACGGAAAGAAUUCGUUUAUAUGGAUAGGUACAACGCCGAGCAUAAAUAUCAUGGACCCUCAAUUGAUAAAAGAAAUUAUGUUAAGACAUGACAUAUUUCAAAAACCCAGAAGGAUUCCGCUUCAUAGGCUGGUUUUCAGCGGAAUGUUUAUGUACGAGGGUGAACAAUGGUUCAGAGUCAGAAAGAUAGCCAAUCCAGCUUUCCAUCUCGAUAAGUUGAAGGAUAUGUUACCUAAAAUGUAUAUAAGUUGCAAUGAGAUGGUGAAGAAAUGGCAGAAUUCAAUCCCAGAGAAAGAUUCUUAUGAGUUAGAUGUGUGGCCUGACAUUAAGGCUUUAACUUCAGAUGUGAUUUCUCGGACUGCAUUUGGGAGUAGUUAUGAAGAUGGAAGAAAAAUAUUUGAGCUCAUAACUCAACAAGUUAAUCUUUUGAAACAAGUUUUCUACACAUACCAUAUUCCAGGAUGGAGGUUUUUGCCCACCAGUGCAAAUAAAAAGCUAAAAAGUAGUUAUAAAGAAAUUCAAGAAUUGAUAGAAGGCAUCAUAAAGAAAAGAGAGGAAGUCCUAAAAGCUGGAGAAGCAAGUAAUGAUGAUCUACUGGGUUUAUUAGUGGAAUCAAAUCGCAGGGAAAUUCAAGGGCAUGGGAACAAAGAAAGUGGAAUGAGCCUUGAAGAGGUGAUUGAGGAGUGCAAGCUUUUCUAUCUUGCUGGCCAAGAGACUACUGCAUCUUUGAUUGUAUGGACAAUGAUUUUGUUAUGCAGGCAUCAGAAUUGGCAAGAACGAGCAAGAGAAGAGGUUUUUCAAGUUUUUAGGAAUAAGGAGGUAAGAUUUGAUGAGCUAAACCACUUGAAAGAAGUAAACAAGAUUCUCCAUGAGGCACUGAGAUUAUAUCCACCAGCCUCUCUAAUUACCAGAGAAACUAUUAAAGAGACCAAACUGGGAGACAUCAUUAUGCCACCUGGAGUUUUGAUUUCAAUGCCAAUAAUUCUGCUUCAUCAAGAUGAAGACUAUUGGGGAAAUGGAACAGCGUUUAAUCCAGAUAGAUUUUCCCAAGGAGUCUCAAAGGCCUCAAAGAAUGAUCAAGUCCCUUUCUUCCCCUUUUCUUGGGGGCCUAGAAUAUGCAUUGGACAAAAUUUUGCUUUGAUGGAAGCAAAAUUGGCUUUAGCUAUGCUCCUGCAAAAUUUCUCUUUUCAACUUUCUCCAACUUAUGCACAUGCUCCAGCUCGUGGUGUAACCAUUCAACCACAAUAUGGUGCUCAUUUGAUUUUAAGCAAAAUUUAGUAUUGCAUAUAAUACUUAGUUUUGAUGUAAUUCAUAAUAUUUUAUAAUCUGGAUUAAUUAUUUUAACGUUAUUAAUAUAUAAUAUUUUGUUCCAA